GGGGAAGAGUGGGGGGCGAUGGACUCCGGAGCCCGCCCGGGCGGCGGUGGCCCCGGCGCGGGGCAGAACCGCGAGUACAAACUGGUGAUGCUCGGGGCGGGCGGCGUCGGCAAGAGCGCCAUGACCAUGCAGUUCAUCAGCCACCGCUUCCCCGAGGAUCACGACCCCACCAUCGAGGACGCCUAUAAAAUCCGGAUCCGCAUCGACGACGAACCCGCCAACCUGGACAUCCUGGACACGGCGGGGCAGGCGGAGUUCACGGCCAUGAGGGACCAGUACAUGAGGGCGGGCGAGGGGUUCAUCAUCUGCUACUCCAUCACGGACCGGCGCAGCUUCCACGAGGUGCGGGAGUUCCGGCAGCUCAUCUACCGCGUGCGCCGCACCGACGACACGCCCGCCGUGCUGGUGGGCAACAAGUCCGACCUGUCCCAGCUGCGCCAGGUGUCCAAGGAGGAAGGCUCUGCCUUGGCCCGGGAGUUCAACUGCCCCUUCUUCGAGACGUCGGCCGCCUACCGCUACUACAUCGACGACGUCUUCCACGCCCUGGUGCGGGAGAUCCGCCGCAAGGAGAGGGAGGCCGUGAUGGCCAUGGAGAAGAAAUCCAAGCCCAAGAGCAGCGUGUGGAGGAGGCUGAAGUCGCCCUUCCGCAGGAAGAAGGACUCGGUCACCUGAGCCGGGGGGCUGGGGGGGAAAA